AUGUUUAAUAAUAAUCCUUAAAAAUACAUAAACAGAAAUGAUGUCAAGGAAAUAAAAAAAAAGUUUGAUUGGAUUGUUGUUCAUUCUGUAAAUAGGAAAAUUCCAGGUGUCACUUUAGAGGUUUCAUAAUUUAAUAUUAUAGUAAGCUAUGUAAAUAAUUGCUUAAUAAAUUGAUUCAUCUCCUCGUAUAUUUUCAAGAUGGGGUAAUAGAUAGAAUUGUACAAAUGUAGCAACUUGGUCAUAGAUUUUAGAAUUAAUUGAAACAUUUAAUCAAUAAUAGGAAACAGCUUUUGAUAAUCAAAUUUAUGAAUAAUCAAGUUUUUAAUUCAUAGAAGAUAAGUUUAUGUAAGUUUUUUUUAUUUUUAUUUUAAGGAUAAUGAAACCAUCAUAUUUCUAAAUUAAUAAUCAAUAAGAAAAAUAAAUAUUUGUUUAUUAUAUUGAAAAUAUGUCACUUAUCAAAUUGAAAUAAGAAUUUGCUAUUCUAAUAUUUAAUAAUAAAACUUUAGCUCUUAUUAAUGUUAACAAUUUUAAACCAAUAUUAGUAGUUUCUGCUUAAUCAAUUGAAAAAACAAAAAAAAAAUAAACAGAUGAAUUUAUGGGAAUUUUAUAUAGAUUAGAUUAACAAUAAUCAAAAGACAGUUGGAAAAAAUAAAUUAAUUUUUAUAAAAAAAAAAAACCAUUAGAAAGUUCUUUUCAUUUUGAAAGAUUAGACACUAAUUCUUCUUAACUUAAAGAACGUUUAGAUCCAAUUAUGCAAUGCAAAAAAGAUAUAGAAUAUUUAUAAAAAGUUGUAAAUUUGAAUCCAUGGGAUCCAUAAUUAAGACCAUUGAAUCCAGAUCCUAAAAUGUAAUUAGUUAGAAAAAGAGGUUAAUCUGAACAUUCUAAAAGACAUUAAGUUUUUGAAUAAGAGAGUUAUAAAUUAAACACUUCCUUAUAAGUUUAAUUAAUAUGCUCUAAAGAUAAUAAUAUUAUUUUAGUUUUGGAAAAUUUAGUAUUGUAAUAUUAUUAGUUAGAAUAUGAUUAUAAUAAUGGAGAUUAUUCUUUACAAAAAUAUCAUGAAUUUACUUUAAAUGAUAAAAUUGAUUAAAUUGCGAUAACUUAAAAUAAAUGGAUUAAAUAAGAUCAUUGUUUAAUAUUGAAAUCUAAAUAAAUGUUAGUUUAUUCGAUGCCUGAGUUUAAACUAUUAGAGAAGAUAAAUAUUGGUUAAUCAGCAGAUACAAUGUUAUCAAAUAAAAUAAUCCUCAUAUGUUAAUAUGAUGGAUUGUUUAGUAUAAUUAAAGAAAAUUUAAGGAAAAAUAAAUUAGAAUAAUAUUAAUCAGUAGAACUCUAAAAUUCAACCAAAUUUAAUGAUUUUAAACAAAAUGAGUAAUAUCAUUCAUUAGUGCAAUAGAAAUAAAUAAAAUCUAAUGAUACUAAAUAAUCAGAAUAAUAUUAUUCAGUAGGAGUCUAAAAACAGGUUAAAUUCAAUGAUCUAAAAUAAUCAGUAUCUAGUCUUGAUUAUUCAAAUAAAUACUAAUUUGUAAUAUUUGGUAGUAUGUGUACAUUGGUGAGUAUUUAUGAUAUUCGAAAAGGUUAAUUUAUACAUUAAUUUAGUGCUUUAAAUACAACUUAAUAAUUUAAUUAAAUUAAUGAUAAGAUUUUAAAAGUAUUUGUAUUUGAUUCUCAAAAUUAAUAUUUAGUUAUUUUUACAUCUGGUUAGAUAACAAUUUGGGAUAUAUAGAGACAUAAAAAAAUAUAAGAAUGUAUGAAAUAAUUGCCAUAAAAUAAAAAAUAAUAAUAAUAUUAUUAAGGAUUAUUUUUAGAAAAUCGUGGAAUGUUAUUAUUAGGAGGAUUCAAUUUGUAAAGUUGGGUAUCUAAAAUAAACCCUAUUCAAAUUUAAGAUAAUAUAUUAGAUUCUAAAUCAUCUCCUAUUUAUUCUUGA